AUGGUACAAAGAUGAUUAUAUUCAACAAAUGCAAAAGAUAUUGCAGUAUUAUAUUUUAUGUUAGCUAUUUUUAGUGGUAUGGCAGGAACAGCAAUGUCUUUAAUCAUUAGAUUAGAAUUAGCUGCACCUGGUUCACAAUAUUUACAUGGUAAUUCACAAUUAUUUAAUGUUUUAGUAGUUGGUCAUGCUGUAUUAAUGAUUUUCUUCUUAGUAAUGCCUGCUUUAAUUGGAGGUUUUGGUAACCAAAAAAGAUAUGAAAGUAAUAAUAAUAAUAAUCAAGUAAUAGAAAAUAAAGAAUAUAAUUUAAAAUUAAAUUAUGAUAAGUUGGGACCUUAUUUAGCUGGAUUAAUUGAAGGUGAUGGAACUAUUCUAGUUCAAAAUUCAUCUUCAAUAAAAAAAUCUAAAUAUAGACCGUUAAUUGUUGUAGUAUUUAAAUUAGAAGAUUUAGAAUUAGCUAAUUAUUUAUGUAAUUUAACUAAAUGUGGAAAAGUGUAUAAAAAAAUUAAUCGUAAUUAUGUAUUAUGACUUAUUCAUGAUUUAAAAGGUGUAUAUACAUUAUUAAAUAUUAUUAAUGGAUAUAUGAGAACACCUAAAUAUGAAGCAUUUGUUAGAGGUGCUGAAUUUAUAAAUAAUUAUAUUAAUUCAACAACAAUUCUACAUAAUAAAUUAAAAAAUAUAGAUAAUAUUAAAAUUAAACCAUUAGAUACAUCAGAUAUUGGUUCAAACGCUUGAUUAGCUGGUAUGACAGAUGCAGAUGGUAAUUUUUCUAUUAAUUUAAUAAAUGGUAAAAAUCGUUCUAGUAGAGCAAUGCCUUAUUAUUGUUUAGAAUUAAGACAAAAUUAUCAAAAAAAUUCUAAUAAUAAUAAUAUUAAUUUUUCUUAUUUUUAUAUUAUGUCUGCAAUUGCACUAUAUUUUAAUGUUAAUUUAUAUAGUAGAGAACGUAAUUUAAAUUUAUUAGUAUCUCUUAAUAAUACGUAUAAACUAUAUUAUAGUUAUAAAGUAAUAGUGGCUAAUCUAUAUAAAAAUAUUAAAGUAAUAGAAUACUUUAAUAAAUAUUCUUUAUUAUCAUCUAAACACUUAGAUUUUUUAGAUUGAUCUAAAUUAGUUAUUUUAAUUAAUAAUGAGGGUCAAAGUAUAAAACUUAAUGGUAGUUGAGAAUUAGGUAUAAAUUUACGUAAAGAUUAUAAUAAAACUAGAACUACGUUUACUUGAUCUCAUUUAAAAAAUACAUAUUUAGAAAAUAAAUAA